AUGCUGCGGAAGGUGGCCAAGUCGGCCGACGUUGUCGUCGUCGGCGCCGGUGUCGCGGGCUGCUCGGCCUUUUACGGCUUAGCCAAGCGCAACCGCAACACGGCUCAGCGUGGCGCACCGUCGUCCUUCAAGCCGAUGCUGCUCGACGCCAUGUCGCCCAUGACGCUUACGAGCGCCCGCGGGUCGUUCCAGUACCGCAACUGGUGGCCCAACGCCGGCGAAGAGGCCAUGAUGCGCCUCGUGUCGCGCUCGAUCGACCUCAUGGACGACUACGCGGACGAGAUUGAUCUCAAUCGCAACGGAUAUCUCUUUGUGACGCGGAGCGAGCAUCAAGUUUCUGUCUUCCGCGACCAAGCGCUGCGCCAUGAAGCCCUUGGCGGCGGCGCCCUCCGCGUGCACCACGGGUCCCUCGAUGCAUACAAUCCGUCGACGGCCGCCAUCGACCGCGCCGACGGCUGCGACUUUAUACUUGGUGCUGACGCUGUCGCAUCGGCUUUUCCUUCGCUCGCUGCGUCAGGGGCCAUCGGAGCGCUCCACGUCCGUCGCGCGGGCUCGCUCAAUCCCUUCAAGAUGGGCAACUACCAACUGACAAAGGCCACCGAGUACUGCCCGCACGCCGAGGUCGUUCGCGGCAAGAUGGUCGACAUCCACGCGACUGGCGGGCGCAUUUCGGGCAUCACUGUGGUCAUGCACAACGGCGACAAGCACUUUGUGGCAACCCCCAAGCUCGUCCUCGCGCCUGGACCGAUGUUGCAGGAUACGCUGCAGCUGCUGGCGAAGAAGGAUCUGCUCGGCGAACCGCUCCCGAUCCAACACGAGCUCCAUGCCCGCGUUAUCUUUGACGACCCCAAGCACAUCAUGGCCUCGACGGCACCGCUGACCUUCGACAUGGACCCGAUUGGGCGGCUACAGUUUGCGCCGGACGAACGACGCGAUGGCGAUCCUCUGGCGCACGCCAACUUCCCCGCAGGUCGUUUCUGCCUUCUUGACAAAACGACCAUGACUCUUCUAGGCGUCCACGUGCGGCCGUAUGGCGACGGCAAGGCGCUCGCGGUCUGGACCUACGACACGGCGCUUGUGGACCCCGUGUUUCCGAUCCAGACCAUCUUGGAUCCGCGGUACGGCGAAAUUUGCGUACGGGGCCUCACGCCGCUCUUUCCUCAAAUGACCUCGUAUUUGCGCGACCCCCACGUCCUCGCGUCCAUGCAGGUGGACGGCGGCUACUAUUGCAAGGCACCCGACAACCGGCCGCUCAUUGGUCGCUUUGCGCAGAGCGUCGAUGGUCUCUACUUCCAAGCCGCCAUGACGGGCGUCGGUCUCAUGUCAAGCGCAGCUGCCGGAGAGCUCUUGGCAGCGACGGUCAUGGGCGACGUUCAGUUUGAGAACCCGUCGACGCCGCCGCCGUUUGCAGCGUACGCCGAUGCGCUGUCGCCGAACCGGUUCCAAGACGAGGCGUAUCGUGAGUCGAUCGAGGGCAUGCAGACGUCUGGUCAAAUGUAA